AAUGGGAUCUUGCUGUUCAAGUAAUAAGAUUGUUAAGGAAACUUAUGAUUACCCAGAUGGAGGAGUUUAUGUAGGGGAUAUGGAAAACAAUGCACCAGUAUCUAUAUUUAUUAUUUUUGUAAGCAUGGAAGAGGUACUAUUAAGUGGGAUAAUGGUUCAUUAUUUGAGGGUGAAUUUAUAGAUGGACGAAAGAAUGGAAGAGGAUUAUUCAGAUGGAAUGAUGGGUAAUACUAUGAUGGCAAUUUCAAAGAUGAAAAAUUUGAUGGUUAUGGUGAAUAUUUUUGGACAGAUGGCAAAAUAUAUAAAGGUAACUGGAUUGAUGGUGAAAUGAGUGGAUAAGGUGAAAUGAUUUAUCCAGAUGGCAGAGUUUAUUAAGGUUCCAAAUUUUAUUUGAUCUUAAGGCAGUUUCAAAGCAGACAAAAAGGAUGGAGAUGGUGAAAUGACUUGGCCUAAUGGAAACAAAUAUAUUGGACCUUGGAAGAAAGGUAAAUAACAUGGAAAAGGUGCUAUGAUAGAUAAAAAAGGGAAUUAAACGGAAGGCAUCUGGAAUAAAGGAAAAAAAUAAUGA